UCUCUCAUAAUAUGGGCACGUCAUUUUCGUCAGUGAGUAAGCCAAGUCCAUGCAUCACAGAAAAUGGUGAUGCCGACCCAACAUUACUUAUUCAGUUAUUUCCUUUUGCUGAUGAAGGGGAAAUUCUCAUCUUGGACGACACCAACUUUCAUUUUACCUCCAACAUUGCCCGCAAUUAUGAUCCUUUAAGAAUGACCGCCACCACAUCUCUUCUUGAAUCCUCCAUAUUCGACCCGUCAUUGAUUGAUGUCAAGAUUAUGUGGGGACUCCAUCACCCAUACCAUACCAUCAUAGGGAAAUCUGCGGAGAGCCAAGUUCUGUGGAAGUCAGUAAAAUGCGUCUUGUGGUUCCAUGAUUUUGAAAUUUAUGGAUAUGGAAAAAAUUUGGAGGGACAGAGAAGUUUUUUGAAGAACUCCUUCGAGUAUUUGGUGAUUCGGUUACUUGCCGAUGCUUUAUAUGAAGUGCCGGUUAUUCUUACCAUGAAUAACCUUAGGUUUUCACAACUGCGGGUGGAGAAGCUGGGAAGGAGCAGCUUCUUCUUUCUCAGUGGGUCAUUUCCUUUCGAUGAGCAGUGCUUUGGGAAAUUGUCAGAUUGCAUACCCUCCAAGAAUCCGAUGGUGGUAUCCAAGUCCAUCUCGUAUGUUUUUCGCAUGUGCCCUCCUGCCGAUGUCGUAUCGGAUGAUUUCCAAGCAGGAAAGGAUCAAGGUUUCUCGAGAGCUGCAACCCACGAGGUGUAACUGGUACUUGGGUCAUUUCUUGAGAAA